AUGGUGUUGAUGCCACACAAGAAGGAGAGCUCGUCGUGGAGUGCCCAGCCUGUCUCCAUCCUGGUCGCAAUCUACCGAAAGACUGGGAGCGUGCACCUCCCGAACUUUCAUGAGUAUAUAGGUGUAUCUUAUCGUGCAUUCUCUCUCACACAGAUUGCUCAAUCCAGUUGGCUGUACGUACUAUUUUUCAUGGUGGAUGCAAACUUCCACAUCCACUGCAAAGACCGAGGUUUGACCGAUGUCCAUCUGUCACCGGGUUGGGCAUACUACGUGGAGGAAGCGUGCUAUCUCAAGCAUGUCGAGCAACAUGCUCACUUAGAGGAGGAGAAUACCUGCACUGCGGAGCACAAUGCAAUAAUCAAAGCAAAUCUUCACAAGGAAGGCUACCUGGCAUCUGGAGUUGGUGCCGUGCUCUGUGCCCGCCAUGCAUUUGUCCACAAGAAGGGAGUCGGAGACCUUCAGAAAGGAGAAAAAUUCUGCAACAUCGACUAUCUCAUUCUAUCCACCCUCACAUCGCUUGUUCUCCUCUGGCUCUUUCUUACCUACGACAUCGCAUGCCAGUUUAGCAAGAACUUCCAGAAGCGAAAUGCUACGUACCGUGAAGACCUUCAUCUCGACUUUGAUCGUAUCAAUAUUCGCUGGGGAAUACCGAAAAAACAUCUUCCAGCUCACGGCCCCAACCAUGUACGAUAUUCUCUCAACUAUGUUCGGCAUGUGGGAUGCACAUAUGGUGAGGGCAUUGAGUCGAGCUGGUCACACAUGAAUCCAAUUGCAAUGAGCACACAGGAGAUGGGACCCACGAUGCAUCAAGAGGUACUCGACGAUCAUUGGGGUGCAUGGAAUUGGGGAAAGAUAAUUAAUCUCAUUCCAGGCAAGCACAUGCAAAAUUCAUACAAGGAGGCAGUCUCAAUGCGCCAGAAGCACCGAGAUAUAUUCAACAGAUUUUCGGAUACAUUUGCACCAGCAGUAAUCAAGGAAUGGGAAGAUAUUCAUGAGGCUUGGCAGCAGAAUCACAAUCAUAAGCCUGACCCUUUCGAAGAGCCAACCUCCACGUGGACGAUGAAUGCAGUCUGCCUACAACUGGCACAAGAAGAUGCCGCCGAAGCUGCUCGUGGACAUGUAGCACCUCAUGAAGUGACUGCCAGCAUAUUCCUUCAGCUCGGCUUAGAGCUAGAAGGUCAAGUCCAUGUAUCACAGCUCAAGUCUAUCGGAAAAAGUGACGCCAUGUAUGCUGACUCUCAACAGAGACAGAAUGCACUGUAUCAUCACAUUCAAGGAUGGUGCACGUUGCAGGACAUUUACAUGCCCAUAGCGGCACAGCUACGUGCUCCGUACAUCAGCAUUGAAGAAAUAGCAGAAAAGUCAGACUAUGCAGCUAAUGAUAUGAAGCUAUGGUUGCCAUCAUCCCUUUCUGUUGACUUGCGAAGCUCCGAAGCAUUGCGCGAUCUUGUCAUGAAGGAGACACGGCUUCGCGUUGCUCAAGCCGACGACGCACUUGCAGAAAUUCGUCGGUUACGUCAUGUUCUCAUGGAGGUCCGUCAAUUUCGCAAGAUGAAUGUAUCUGGCACUGGACAAAAAGCAAAUACGAGGAUGCGUACAUUAUUUAUGCAUUUCACAGACAAGAUCCAGCGUGCGACCUCCACCUAUCAUGUCGCUCAUGCUGCCCUCUCCGUACUCGAUCCUGGUGGUGACUGGUCAAAUCGCUUUCUUGUUCUGAAAGAGAAGCACAUCUCUGGAUCAAGGCGUGAUGAUGAUGGAAUGGGAGAGGGCCGGUAUGAGCUAUCCUGGAUCUGGUGUGUCAAAUGCCCAGAUGGGACCACUAUCAGUGAGGAGGUCUCGAAUACCAGUGAGUACAAUGAUAGCAUGUGCAUCGAGUGGGCAUGUACGAAGGCACGGGCAGAUAGAUGGGCUGAGGAGAAGCAACUCCUGGAGGAGGAGAUGCGAUGA